AUGGGUUGUCAUUGUCAUCUUCUUCUUCCGCUGCUGUUAAUUUUAGUUUCAUAUUCAAUGAAGUGCAAGUCAUGGAGUUGGUUCUCUUCUUCUGGUACAAAGGAUCAUUCUGGCCUUGCUGAAUUCUCCAUGGAAGGUUUUAAUGAUCAGAAGGGAACCAGGCUAGUGGAAAGUGCUAAAAACAAAUUGGUUGCUACAAACUCUUGUUGGCAAAAUGCUUACCAGAAUCUCUUUUCCGGAUGCUCAGAGAUUAUUGCUGUGGAUGAGAAGCGGUCUAGAUUUGCUUGGCAUCUUAGUGAUUGCUUUCAAAAGGACUCUGGGAGGCAACCUUUUCCUUCUUGUGACCUGAAAUUUGCCAUUGCUAAAUGCUUAAAGGGCUUGAGUGAAGAUGAGUACCAGGUUUAUCUUGCAUUUUAUCUUGAAACUAACUCCAUCUGCCAUCAGUUACAGACUCACACAUUCAAGCAACAAACAGAGAGAUUAGUAAAUGAACUGAAAAUUUCAGCCCAACUGGCUGAAGACAAAUUAGAAAUUAUAGAAGGAAAAACAGAAUCUCUAUUGCAGAACUCGAAUGAAAUUCAUGACUCUUUAAAUUCCAUUGAUACUCGAAUCCAACAAGUAGCUCUAACAACAAAGAAUGUAGGAGGUCAUAUAGAUGUCAUUCUCAAGCAUUCAGAAGUUUUAUAUGAGCAAUCAAAGGAGCUUGCAGCUUCUCAAUCAGAGCUGCAAGAAGGACAAGUGGAAAUGAGGAGAAAUUUGGUGGACUGGAUGACAAUGCUUAAAGAUUCUUACAAUAUUUUGGGCCAAGAAAUAGAUAAUUUAAGAAAUGAAGCUAUCGAAAUAGAGAAGGGGAUAACUAAAGUUGGAGAUGCAAUGUCUAUAAAGAUGGAAAAUCUACAAAGCAAAGCAGAUGACAUUGGGAAUAUGGCAGUUAUUUCCUUAGAUAAGCAGCAACAACUUUUGGAUGAGCAAUCCAUGGCACUUGAGGGUCUUCAAAUUUUAACUAAAUUUCAAUCUGAAGAACUAGAAGAGAGCAGGAGUACUCUGCAACAUUUUGCCGAAUAUAGCCACAAACAACAGGAAGAGCUUCUUCGGCAGCAAGAACAGCUUCAAAGAGUUCAUGACCACCUGAUGGAAAAUUCAAAGUCUAUUUUAGUAGCUCAGGAAUCUUUUGAAUCAAAGCAAGCAAGCAUGUUUAUUGUUUUAGAUAAUCUGUUUGCUUUGCACAAUGCCAUGCUGCUUGAAUCGCGAGUAAUUAAAGCUUUCUUUGUGUACUGUAUAUCAAUUUUGAUAAUCUAUAUGUUCACUAGCACAAAGCAAACGUACAAAGUCAGGCCCAGGCUAUAUAUCGGGCUUUGCGCUACAUUUGUAAUAGAAGUUGCAAUACUUCAGCUUGCAACAAAUGAGAAUAUUGAACGAAGAUCAUGGAUAAUAAAUUUGACCAGGUCGCUCUUUGUGCUUCUUGCUUCAAUCCAGAUUCUACAUGCCAUAUGCACAUACAGAGACUUUGAAGUGCUGAACCAUCAGAUGCUUCUAACAUUAAUUGAGAAGAUCAAUGGCUUGGAUAGACACAAGGAAUUGUCAUGGGACAUGGAUAGUGAUGAAAACUGGUCUACAUGGAUUGACUCUGACUUACCAGAAGAUGUAAACAAUUUUGAGGACCCUGACUGUAUACUUCCAGAGGAAGUUGGAGAAAAUUCAAUCAUGACCACUUCAAUUACAAGAAAAUAUAAUCUCCGCCACAGAUAGACUUCAUUGAGAAUUUUCUUAGUGUUAGUACUAGUUUCCAACAAACUUUUACGUUAUGAUGUACUUUCAGCUUAACACUGUAUGUAUGUAUUGGUUUCUUGGUUUUUUAAACUCAUUUGUUCAAUAGAAAAUUUAUGAUUCUACUUGUUUGACGGGGGAAAUAUAGUGUUUAAAAAUUUAGCUAAACUAUUUGUUUAU